AUGGAGGCGGCACAAACGAAUGCUGAUUGGUCUUUUUUGAACAAAAAGCCGUUUGGUUUUAUGAUGUCAAUGCAAACUGUGCUCAGUUUGUUCAUCGUUUUACUGGUCGCAUUCGCGCCUUUCGUCUUCGAAGGUGUUGGAUUCGUGAGCGGUUGUGCAUUUGCCUUAUUUAUCACCUCUCUCAUCUAUAAUUUGUUCCACGUUAUGGGAUGGAACCGAAAGUUGGCUUGCGCUGCUGAUGCUUUCAUUUGUCUUCGCCUUGGUGUGCUUCUAUUCCGUGCGGCACCUAACAGCCAAGUGCUACAACUGCCCGGUGGUAUCAACCUUUUUGUCCCUUGCACUUUGUGGGUGUUUAUAAUGUCAGCCAUCUUCUUCAUUUUGUUGUCAUUUGGUACCCUUAUAUGCCUAGUUGGGUUUUUCGAUUCGUUCCGAUACACUGUACUUCUAAUAAUUACGUACUUUUUCUUAUCGUUGGCUUGCGCUGCUGAUGCUUUCAUUUGUCUUCGCCUUGGUGUGCUUCUAUUCCGUGCGGCACCUAACAGCCAAGUACUUGCGCUCACUACAGUAGUGAUAGAUGGUGACAAAACAACGAGGAUGGAAUCAGCGGCACCCCAGUUCACUCCAGCAACCUCACCGACGAAUCCGGUUUAA